AUGGACCCUGUCGCCAUGGACCCCGUCGCCAUGGACCCCGUCGCCAUGUCUGGUGGCGCUGGACUGGUUCUGCGGUUCUCUGGUGAAUAUUCUCACCGUUCUGGAAGGUUCUGCGGUUCUCUGGUGAAUAUUCUCACCGUUCUGGAGUUUAUCAGCCUGUUGGUUGUUCCUGACUGGACGCAGGAUGGACACGUCCGUAUGGAGUCUUCCUCAGAUCCGGGUGGCCCCACCUUCACCAUUGGGAAGUCCGUGUGGCUGCUGUGGGGGAUCGUCUUCAAUAACUCGGUGCCCAUCGAGAACCCCAAAGGGACGACCAGUAAGAUCAUGGUCCUGGUGUGGGCCUUCUUCGCCGUCAUCUUCCUCGCCAGCUACACCGCCAACCUGGCUGCCUUCAUGAUCCAGGAGCAGUACAUCGACACCGUCUCCGGCCUCAGCGACAAGAAGUUCCAGAAGCCCCAGGAGCAGUACCCGCCCUUCCGCUUCGGCACGGUGCCCAACGGGAGCACGGAGAGGAACAUCCGCAGCAACUACCCCGAGAUGCACGCGCACAUGGUCAAGUACAACCAGAAGGGCGUCGAGGAUGCGCUCAACAGCCUGAAAUCAGGGAAGCUGGAUGCCUUCAUCUACGACGCGGCGGUGCUGAACUACAUGGCGGGCAAGGACGAGGGCUGUAAGCUGGUGACCAUCGGCUCGGGGAAGGUGUUCGCCACCACGGGCUACGGCAUCGCCCUCCAGAAGGACUCGCGCUGGAAGCGCCCCAUCGACCUCGCCCUGCUGCAGUUCCUCGCAGACGGCGACACGCAGAAGCUGCAGACGGUGUGGCUGACGGGGAUCUGCCGCAACGAGAAGAAGGAGGUGAUGAGCUCCAAGCUGGACAUCGACAACAUGGCGGGCGUCUUCUACAUGCUGCUGGUGGCGAUGGGCCUCAGCCUGCUGGUCUUCUCCUGGGAACACCUGCUCUACUGGAAGCUGCGCCACUCCGUCCGCGAGGCACAGAGGCUCGACUACCUGCUCGCCAUCAGCAGGGGCAUCUACAGCUGCUUCAACGGGGUCGAGGACACGGAUCGUUCCGGAAGCUUGCAGAGCCCGGACGUGACGACCAACUACACGCAGGCCAACAUGCUGAAGAUGCUGCGCACGGCCAAGGACAUCGUGUCCACCGCCCGCGUGGAGAACUCCAUCGACAGCGCCACCAAGACCCUGGAGAGCUGGGGGCGGCGCGGUGGGGGUGGGGGUGGUGGCGACGGGGGCGUUGGCAUGGGCAUGGGCAUGGGGAUGGGGAUGCCCUGCCUGCCCCCCCGAGACCUGGGCCACCACGGGCGCUUGCCUUACGUCUCCAGCAUCGGCGACCAUCCCUCGCCCUACCCGCAGAGGGCGCUCACGCCCACCUUCCCCCAGCAGCAUUACGUCGACAGCUCCACGCAGCCUCUGCUGGACAAGUCCCACGGGGUGGGGGUGGGGGUGGUGGUUGGGGGGUCUCGGCCCACCCCGCUGCGCUACACGCUUCCCGCCCGCGGCUCCCAGCACUGGUACGAGCGCACGCUGCCCAUCUCCAGCCUCAGCAGCCCCCACCUCGCCAUGCACGACCCCCCCUCGCCCACGGGCGCCCCCGCCCACCCUCCGCUGGCGCCCAGCCCCCCCGCGCGCUUCUACGUGGGCACGCCGCCCCUGCCCGCCCGCCACACCUCCUCCUCCACCUUCCCCAUGUUCCCGUACCGCGAGGCGUCCGUGCCCGACAUCUACAUCCAGCAGCACCACGCGGAGCCCAGUAGGGGGCGCCAUCAUCCGCACCCCGACGCCCCUCCCCCCGGCAGGAAGAAGCGCUCCCACAGCUACGUGCUGGGCGGCGGCGGCGGCUCCCCGGACGGCCGUCGCCGCGACGACUACGACGAGCCCUCGUCCUGCCUGGUGGAGCUGCGAGCCAAUCAGCUGCUGGACAGCGGCUACAGCCCUCCGUGCGGGGGGGGUGCGCACUACACCCGCGGGGGGGGCGAUGUGGGCGACCCUGACGACGUGCCCCUUCUGGGGGCCGAGCGGAUGAACCGACGCGCCUCCUUCCUGCGCGCCACCUGGGGCGGCGAGCGAAUCAGACAGCUGGACGAGAAGGCCCAGCCAAUCGCUGGCCACCACCACCACCACCACCACGCUGCCGGCCCCUCCUCCGCCCGCGGCAUGCCCGACCUCUUCCCCCGCGUGGUGGUGGCGGCCCAAAAGCCCAGAGCGCCGGGGCGCCUCUACGGCAGCGCCGGGAACAACCUCUGCUACCCGGGGGGCGUGGCGGUGGAGCCGGCGUACCUGGACCCCGCCCACAUGGCCUCGUACCCGUACCGCUCGUCCCGCGCGCUGAAGUACUCCCAGUCCACGCGCCUGCCCUCGUACCGCGAGGCCCUGCUCCAGAACGCCACCGCGCUGCGCCGAUCCUCCUCCACCGUGGUGCACAGACAUUACUCCGCCUACCUGAACGCCUACGACAUGCCCCUCUACACACACACACACACACACGCGCCGCUCUACCAGCCCAGCGCAGGGGGGCGCCCCUGCCAGCUCUACCCCUGCCACACACACACACACACACACGCUCACCCGCACGCACCCCACGCACACUGUCACCACGACAACCCCACGCUCGUGCCGCACCUGGCCAACCGCCAGCUGGUCUUCCAGAACAAUCUGUGCGGCGGGGUUGCCGGGCAGCGGGGGCGGAGCAGGGAGCGGAGGCAGGUGCUGGUGGCCAGGAGAGGCAGUAGCCCCUUUGUGCCGAAGCCCUGGGGUAGAUGCUCCAGCCUGGAGUCGGAGGUCUGAGAGGAGAGGAGGGCAACAACACACACACCUCUUCAA